AGCAGUAACUUUAAUCUGAUGUUGCUAUGUGUGUGUUUGUAUCAAAGUCCAGACAUCUGGGGGAUAACAGACUGAAACCAGCGUGUGUGUGUUUGGAUCAACAUGGAGGGACAGAAGAAGAUUUUGUGUGUUGGUCUGGUUUGUUUGGACAUCAUCAGUGUGGUGGAUAAAUACCCAGAGGAGGACACUGACAGCAGGUGUCUGUCGCAGCGAUGGCAACGGGGAGGAAAUGCCUCUAACUCGUGCACAGUGCUGUCACUGCUGGGAGCUCCGUGCGCCUUCAUGGGCUCAUUGGCAGCAGGUCCGGUAGCUGAUUUUAUCUUGCAAGAUUUUCAGAAGUUCUGCAUCGACGUGUCUUUGGUAUCUGAGCAUGCUCAGUGUAUAACUCCAGCCUCCGUGGUCAUCAGCAACAUCAACACUGGAAGCAGAACCAUCCUACAUAUGAACAGUUUCAUCAUGGCCGACUUCUUACGACGUGCGAUUGAUGUGUCAGCAGUUGCUUGGCAGGUCAAAGGUCAAACUCCUUGUGCAUGUUGUGUGGUUUGUCCACCCAGCGGGUCUCGAACGGUCUUCCUCUACGAUACGGAUCUUCCUGAUGUAACAGCGGAAGAUUUCUCCAAAAUCAAUCUUGAUCAGUUCAAGUGGAUACACUGGGAGGGCAGGAAUGCUGGCGAGCAGGUGAAGAUGAUCCAGCAGGUUGAGAUGUUCAACGCCAAACUUCCCGAACAUCAGAGGAUCACCAUCUCUGUGGAGAUUGAGAAGACCAGAGAGCCUCUUUAUGAGCUGUUCCCUUAUGGAGAUGUGGUGUUUGUCAGUAAAGAUGUUGCUCGUCACUUUGGUUUCAACUCGCCUGAUGCUGCUUUAAAAGGACUCUACCAUCGAGUUAAAAAGGGGGCUGUCCUGAUCUGUGCGUGGGCAGAAAAAGGAGCAGAUGCUUUGGGUCCUGAUGGUUUGCUUCUUCAUUCGGAUGCUUUCCCUCCUGAAACUCUGGUGGACACCCUCGGAGCUGGAGACACAUUCAACGCUGGCGUCCUGUACACUCUGUCCAACGGAGGAAGUCUUCAAGAGGCUCUGACCUUUGGCUGCAGGGUUGCUGGCCGGAAAUGUGGAUUCCAUGGUUAUGAUGGCAUCAAAGAAAAGUAAUGGGGAACCUUUAAUAAGGCGUUUUUUUACUUUCCUCUGUUGGGAAUCCAGAAUUUAAACCCAACUCAAUUUGAUUAGCUGCUCUGAGAAACAUACGUGAUUCAGAAAUCAGGCAGCAUGGAAAAAACAAUGAACUGAAAUAACAAAGAACCCAUCUGUAUAACUGAAUGUAAUAACCAAUCAAUAUUUAAUCAGUUUAUUCAUCAUAAACAGAGCUCUAUAAAACAACAAAUACUUUGUAAAUUGUUAUAAACUGGAGGACUGGAUACUUUUUUAUUUAAU